CACUCGCCGCGCUGCUCUAUCCGCGCGCGCGCGCAUGCGGAGCGCGCUGCUGACAACAACAACAACAAAGAUCAACAACAACAACAACAAAAAUAAGCAACAGACACAUUGCGGCUUGCUCGUCGCAAUAACCGCAGUGACAAGAGAAGUAAUUUAUCAACGAAGCGUCUUGUAUGUGUGGCAAUAACAUGUCAGCGCCGCUCCCUGCCGUCGUACCGGCGACCAGGAGAGCCACCGCCUCGGUGAUUUUUCUCCAUGGCCUUGGAGACACGGGCCACGGCUGGGCGGAGGUGCUGUCCGAAUUCAAGUCGCCGCACAUCAAAUACGUCUGCCCGCACGCACCUCUCAUGCCGGUCACGCUCAACCUGCGACAGAUAAUGCCGUCUUGGUUCGACAUCAUCGGCCUGAGCCCUGACGCAACGGAGGACGAGGAUGGGAUCAAGAGAGCGGCCGAGACCGUUCGGGGUCUGAUAGAGCAGGAGAUUAAAGCCGGGAUCCCGUCUCACCGCAUCGUACUGGCCGGAUUCUCACAGGGUGGCGCUCUGUCUCUCUACACGGCGCUCACAAGUCGGCACAAGCUGGGCGGGGUGGUGGCUCUGAGCUGCUGGCUGCCCCUCCGAGACUCGUUCACACAGUCGGACGGGACGCACGCCGGCGUGCCGGUCCUGCAGUGCCACGGCGAGGCGGACCUCCUGGUGCCACCGCUCUUCGGGCAGCUCACGGCCGACAAGCUGCGCUCCCUCCUGGGCCCCGACGCCGUCACCUUCAAGACGUACCGUGGCCUGGGACACUCGUCCACGCAGGAGGUGUGGGGGGGGGGACCGGGGGGGGGGCCACCAGAGGUCACCGGCUGA